CGGCGCGGCGAUGGCUACGACGCAGGACGACGAGGGCAGCCCCAUGGCGCCGCCGGAAGUGAUGAAGGAAGAUGACAUCCUCGGGCCAUCGUUGUUGGAUGUGAUGCAGAACAUGAGCCUCUCGAGCUUGAAGGCGACGUUCUACUCGCGCUCAUGCUUUGUCGGGACGUACUCGAGCACCGACGUCGAUGGCCCCAAGAAGAUCCAAGACUUCUUCGUCAAGACGCUGCAGAGCCUCAGCUGCGACGCGUCAGGACUUGUCUUUAUGCUCGAAGGCGCGCUCGUUGUGCUCAUCGAGUCCACCGCCGAUCACUUUACCGAUAUCUGUGUCGCACUGCAAGGCUUUCCCAACGUUUCCGACGUCAAGGUCGUCGCGACCUGCGAUGACAACUCGAAGCGGCUUAUUCAAAGCUUGUACUUUAAGAAGCUCUCGAUCAGCAAGCCCAACGACGCCAACGAAAGCGACAUCCCGCAGGCAGCCAGCACCAUGUUCUUCAACCUCGUGACGCUCGCGCGCCGCCUCGGGACGCAGCCCGCUGCAAACAUCAAAAAGUCCCUCGCGGCGCCAAGCAAUAGCGACCAAGUGCUUUUCCCGUCGACCGAGCUCGUGCUACUCGUCGCCAAGAGCCAUGACCUCAUGACGCUGGACGAGUACCUUGCGAUUUACAGGGAUCCCAUCACGGUCGAGCUCGAGUCCGAGAGAGUGUGGCCGAUUCACCCGCUCAUCUCGUACUAGUACUAGGAACAAACCUCAUGUAUGAAAGUAACGUG